AUGACCAUGAUUAAAAACGAUUCCAAACCAAAUCCCAAGAAAUUUUCAUGUCAUCUUAUCGAGUACUCUACUGAUGAAAAAUUCUCAGUUAAAAGUUGUUACAAAAUGCUAUCUAACAACACCAGAGAAGAUCUUGUCAAUGGCAGAAUUGUUUCAUCCAAAAUCUGGAAGGCUUUAUGGCAAACUAAGGUGGUUCAUCGAGUUAAAAUGUUUGCCUGGAAGUGUAUUCAUGGAAUCCAUUCCACCAGAGUUAGGUUAGCUCUCUAUAAUAGUGACAUGGACAUUCAACGUGGAAGUUGUGGAAUGUUAGCUGAGACUAUGGAACAUUUCUCAUGGGCCUGUGAACAUUCUAAAGCUGUCUGGAAGUUGUUGAACAUCAAUAUUGAAGCAAUAACAGCACAUUAUAAUUCAGUUUCCAAAUGGGUUGAAGAUUGGGUCUCUAGAUGGAUUUCUCCUGCUCUUGACUAUCUUAAAAUUAAUAUUGACGCUUCAUUUGAUCGAGAUACUAACCAAGCUGGCACGGGUAUCGUUAUCCGUGAUCACACAUGUACUUGCACUGGCAUCGAAGGAAGCUAUUCAGAUGGAGUUUUAAGUGCUGAGCCGGCGGAAUGCAUGGCAGUUUUGGAAGCACUUCAAUGGGCGAAAGAACUGCAUCUCAAUAAAGUUCACAUUGAAUCAGAUGCGCGGCUUGUCAUUCAGUCAUUAGUUGAAGAUAAUCUCCUCAUCCAAUGGGAGAACAGAAGUACACUUAAAGCUAUCGAACACUUAAGCUUAAGUUUUUCUGGUUGUCAUUUUUCUUUUACCAAUCGCAACAAUAAUAACGUUGCAGCCAGUAUUGCUCGAACAGUUUGA